AUGCAUUAUUUCCUAAGAGUUUAGUCACCACGUGGGAAGGGACUGAGGUGGAAAGCUCCAGCCUGCAAAGUGGCUCUAGUGGAAGGGAUACCUGGUAAGAUCAUGUUGCAACCUCGUGAGAUAGGAAAUGUUGACAGACUGGGCAUUUAAAAAAAAGAGGAGUUCCAUUUGCUGCAACUUCUGCUGUUGAAACUUCUUGUCAGAGUGUGCCUCAGGCUGGAGAGGGAGACGUCAUUACUCAUUUUUACUAAGAAAGAAUCUGUAUUACCAAGAGAUGUGACUUCUCCUUAGACCAAUCCAUUUUGUACCAUGGAUGGUUUUGACAAAGAAUUUGCUCUUUUGGGGGAAAAAUCUGCAUCCUGAUAUUUUUACUGGACUGUCGAGCACCGUCAGAGUGUGCAAGAAAUGUAACACUGACAAUCUGACCUCAUGCUGACUCCAUAAGUAAACACAGCUGAAUGUCAUAGGCCUAUCCUGGUAGGAUCUGAUGUUGUCGUCUUCCAUUGAAACUACAGAUGAACCUGUAUUAGAUACCACUGGGAUUAUGUACAGGGAAAUGAAACGUUCCUUCACCUAAUCAAGUUGUGUCUCUGAACAUAAAUUUGUCCUAAUUAUUUUAAUCAAAAGAAUCAGAUUUUACCAAUUCAAUAUAGUUAUAAAAUACUGAAUUUUGAGUGACAUUCUGAACGAUUAGUUGAACAGAGAAAGGUAAUGCUUGGAUGUUACAAUAACAGAGGGUUUCAAUACAGCAGCACAUUUGAAAGCCUCAGCUGGAAACGAUCAAUAUCCUGUUGGGUUCCUCAGCAGAAUUAUCACAGUGUGCACUGGGCACAGAUUACCAGGCUGAAAGGGUACAGCAGGUUUGGGGGAAUUUCAGCACGAGUUUCACAUCUCAUUGCUGCUGGCAGUGGGCUCUGCAGAGGUGAAACAGUACUACAGCUUUUCCAAGUGAGGCAGGAAUCAGGCACCACUUGCAGAGUAUCUGGAGUCGUUGAAAAGAACCCCAGGGCAUUCAUGUUCAGAGAUGAACAUGAAUAGUUCAUCAGGAAUUGCACAAUAAGCUCCCCUUGGCUAAGCAAUGAUGCACCAGCUCCCACCAAAAGUCUUCAGAAAACACUUUGCUGUCUUUGGCUUCCCUCACUUCCUGCACAGGGUUCCAAUAACUGUGAGGUAUGGUUUUAAAUUUCCCUUCCCUUUUCCUGUAUUACGUGUUUGUUCUGAGGGAUUAAAUUUUUUCCUCCUUGAUUCAAUCAGCACAGAGGAAAAACAUGUUGGAUAUUUUAAAUGUAAUACCAUUUUUGGAGCAGAAUAAAAAGAAAUAGGAUUAGAUUUUUAAGCGCAACUAUAAAAACAUGUUGAAAAAUGUAACCUGUUCACAAUAUCAGAAUCUGUUUCUUUUUAAGCACAUUCAGAUUUCAAAUGUGAGUAGUUUUUGAAAAAGUAAUCCACUUUGAAGUGAAGUAAUCAGAUUUUUCAUGUAAUCCAUUUAUUCUUUGUAAGUAAUACAUUUUAAACAUAAUCUAAUUAUGACCCUGGGAAAUAAUUGAUUUUAAAGCAAUUUUAAAAAUAUAAUCCAGGGACAGAUUCUUGGGGUUUGGUGUUGGUCUGUGUUGGGCUUUAAACAGAUCUGGCUAGAUUGUCCCCUGCUCUCGUGGUGCAAAUGGCUCAUUUCAGCAGGGAAGGGCUGGCUCAGGAGGUUUCCUCUCUGCUGCAGUCACAGCCUGCUCAGGCUGCAUGUUGGUCUGUCAGACUUGCCAACGUGUUACUGCGGUUUUGUAAUGACACAAAACCUGAACCUGACCAGGAAGAAAAGGAAGAAACAAACAGAUGAAUCAAAACAUUUGUGUUUGCAAUGUGUGCAGGAGUCCCAGCUCUGUUUCACUGCCCAGGGUUUAAGCGACCAAAUAAAACCUCUCAGUUGGUCCCUUUGAAGUCCAGGUUGGGCUCAAAUUCAGUGGUGUGCACUUGUCCUGCACUACUGAUUUGAGGAAUUACUGAGUCAACCAACUGAUAUUCUCUGUUUCUUUAAAACAUAACUCAUUCUUUCUGCUGGGCACUGGGACUGAUGUGCUGCCUGCCUGCUUAAUCCUCACAAGAGCCCAUUGCUUUUAUAUUUGCAGGCUUGCCACAGAAACACAGCUUGGAAUGAAACUGUGUCAAACUGCUAAGUAUUGUUAUUUCUCUUCACAGAUGAGUUGGGGCUUGUUCAACAACUACCAAAGAUGAUCUCUGGGAACACUCAAAGGAAGAAACUAAGAAACACAGAGUGGGGAAGAGCUUAGCUUUGCUGCUGAGCUCUUGACCAGAACAUGCUCAUCCUGGACUUCUGUGUCUUCUAGCAUCCUGUUCCCUGUCAGUCUUAAGAGGUGCUGGACAACCUUCUGAGUAAGGGGAAUUGUAAAAUUUGAAGCUGCCUGAAAGAAGGUGACAGGCCAGAGAGACACAGAAGACAGGGAAAGAGAGGUUGUACAACAGAUGCAAGCUAACUGCAGAAAUGAAAUCUGUGCUCUUGGGGGAAGUAAUGCCCACCAUGGAAUGUGAUGUGUGAUACUAAUGAGGAGCUACAAUUGCUCACAGAACUGGAGGGAGCCAGGAGGAGGGAAUACUUGCCAAUUAAGUACUAGGCAAGGUACAUGAGGAGGAGUUGUAAGAAGUCUCACCUGAUCACAAAUAACCUCUCAAGAUUCUCGCUUUUAUGAAGAAGGGUGAAGUACCAGAGAGCAAUUAUACUUUGCUGGUUUUUAUCAAGAACACUGAAGCAGCUUCUUUCUGCAAAGAAAGGGGUUUCUUCAAAACCCCUGUAUACCUGCUUUUGUGCCAUGAAGAUUUUACUUGAAUUUCAAGCGUUGUGGUCCCCACGGAGCAUCCAGACUCUCCGGAGGUUAUUCCACCAGUAUCACAAGACUUUUGCACCUUUGAAUUUCUCGGACUAUGAAGCUAUCGGUCGCUGUGAAAAGCAAGUACCUGAGUACUUCAAUUUUGCAAGUGAUGUGCUGGACAAGUGGUCUCAAAUAGAAAAGGAACGAAAGGGACCAUCAAACCCAGCUCUGUGGUGGAUAAAUGGAAAAGGAGAUGAAAUUAAAUGGAGCUUUGGAGAGCUGGGCUUCCUGUCCCAAAAAGUGGCCAAUGUGCUCUCUGGACCCUGCAGUCUGCAAAGGGGAGACCGGGUUUUAGUGAUUCUACCCCGAAUCCCAGAGUGGUGGCUGCUGAACGUGGCUUGUAUGCGAACAGGUGUUAUCAUCAUCCCAGGGACAACACAACUGACAGCACAAGACAUUUGCUAUCGACUGCUGGCUUCGAAGGCCAAGUGCAUUAUUACAACUGAUGCUCUUGCUCCUGCAGUGGACUCAGUUGCAUCUAAGUGCCAGUUUCUGAAAACAAAGCUAAUUGUAUCUGAAAGCAGCAGGGCUGAGUGGCUGAACUUUAGUGAUUUGCUCAAGGCUGCCCCUGCUGUCCAUAACUGCGUGAAGACUAAAAGUCAGGAUCCGAUGGUAAUUUAUUUUACCAGUGGCACCACAGGCUCUCCCAAAAUGGUUGAACAUUCCUAUGGAAGCUUUGGUCUGGGUUUUUUCCUCUGUGGAAGGUACUGGAUGAAUCUGACUCCCUCAGACAUCAUGUGGAACAUGUCAGACACUGCUUGGGUAAAGGGAGCUGCUGGGAGCAUUUUUGGUCCAUGGUCCCAGGGCACGUGUGUUUUUGUACAUGCCAUGCCACAGUUUGAUCCAAGAGGAAUCUUAAAUACCUUGUGCAGAUACCCAGUGACCACUCUGUGCAGUGCCCCAACCGUCUACCGCGUGCUGGUACAGCACGACCUCAGCAGGUAUGCAUUCAAGACGCUGAGGCACUGUCUGACUGCAGGGGAACCGCUGAACCCAGAAGUGAUGGCACAGUGGGAACGCCAAACAGGACUGACCAUCUAUGAAGGCUAUGGCCAAACCGAAAUUGGAGUCAUAUGUGUAAAUAUGAAAGGAAUGAAAAUUAAGCCAGGUUCCUUGGGGAAGGCAGCUCCCCCCUACAAUGUUCAGAUUAUAGAUGAGAAUGGCAGUGUUCUGCCUCCUGGGGAAGAAGGAGACAUUGCUAUCAAAGUGGAUGCGAAGCGGCCAUUUACUUUUUUCACUCGAUAUGUGGGCGAUCCAGUGAAAACAGCUUCCACAAUCCGUGGGAACUUCUAUAUCACUGGAGACAGAGGGAGCAUGGAUGAGGAUGGAUACAUAUGGUUUAUGGGUAGAUCUGAUGAUGUCAUCAUCUCCUCUGGGUAUCGUAUUGGGCCAUUUGAAGUGGAGAGUGCCCUGAUAGAGCACCCAGCUGUGGCUGAGGCAGCUGUUGUAAGCAGCCCAGAUCCCAUCAGAGGGGAGGUGGUAAAAGCUUUUGUGGUCUUGUCUCCUUCCUUUAAGUCACAGGAUCCAAACAAACUGGCCUGUGAAUUGCAAGAGCAUGUCAAGAAAGUCACUGCUCCAUAUAAAUACCCCAGAAAGAUUGAAUUUGUCCAGCAGCUGCCAAAGACAAUCACUGGGAAAAUCAGGCGGAAUGAACUGAGGAACAAGGAGUGGAGACAGAUUUAGUGUUGAUAAGUAGUUUAAAACAGCCUACCCCUAUCAGUGUCAUUCAUAAUGGAGCCCUUCUGUUACAACUGUAAACACCAACACAGGAUUAUAUUUCACCUGUUAGGCAGUGACUGUGCAAUAAUGCACAAAGUUUAAACACUCCAACUGUCUGGUUUUUAAAUGCUUGUGUUCUUGCCUAACAAAAACCAAGCAUCCUUAGCAAAGCAUGUGCAAACACAUCUUCCAGCCAUCUAACGUAAUUCAGAAUUACAGUACAAGUAAGUGAUUGCCAGGUGAAAGUGCAAGUGUGUUCAUUCUUUGAGACCGGGUAUUUUAACUCACAAGAGGCUUAUUAAUGAGGAAAUCAUGACAGUAUGGAAUGAAGUUCCCAGAAAUGGCCACAGAUCUUGCAUGCAUCCAAAUUAAGCAGCCUGUUUGUACGAAUCUUGAAAGCCUCAAGAUUUAGGAAUUAACGUGUUAACAAUGGGUGUCCACUAAGUGCAAAUUAUGAAAAAUCAGAAGUAAACUGUAAGUUGUGUAGGCACACAGGUCAGUGAGAGAGAGAGGGAAAGAAAGCAAAAAAUACCCCACUAACUACCCCUGAGUCUUUGUCCUUAGAAGAUGAAUAGGCUGUCAUGAAUCGAUCACCAACAUCAGCCACCAAUAAACAUUCACAGCUGGCCUUCCUA